CGCACACACCACUCUACACAAAGUGCUUUUUCAUGGCUGUUUUCUGUUUGUGAUCGGCCCAAGGCAAAGAAGCUGUCAUCGUAGGCAGUUCAGCCAUGAGAGAGCAGCACACACAGAGGCACCCUCCACGGUCGCUCACAUAUCACUUUUCCUUCUCGCUGAGCAUGCGCCGAGAGAGGAGCGACGCCGCUUAUCCUGCUGUUGCCGCCGCUGCUCCACAGAAGGCAUCUGCACAAUACACAGUACACACACAAACAUGGUGAAAGACCUCACUGAUGUGAUAUGGACACACACACAUCCGUACCGGCAGAGUGCUAAGAUACGAGGGCACCUGGCCCUGUGUGGCGGCGACCAACUCGUGCCUGCAGACAUGGACACAACAAGGAUACGCACAGCCCCUGCUGCGUGCCCACCCAUGACAUGUGUACGCACCGGUAGUCGGCCCAUGUGUGUGCCGUCACGCCAUAGAUGUUGAGCCGCUCCGCCACCGACGCCUCCACGCUCCUACUCCAAAAGUCGAACUCGUCAACCGACAUGACCAACAACAGCUGCACGCCGCACAACCAGAUACACACCACACCACAUGUGUGUUGGAACCCAUCCAUCCCAAAGCUGUUUUUGGCCGCUCACCUUGGGCAGUUGGGCCAGGUGUGCGAGGACCCUGAGAGUCCGUGUGUCCCGCAGCCUCGGCCCAUCGAUGCCGUGCACCACCAGGGCAGUGGUGGCCUGUGACGCUGCCACACACUCGCUAAACACCUGACGUGACGCACACAACACACCCAGACCACACAAGGCACAUAUCUCUUCUCUCUAGUGUGAUUUCUCUCUCGUGUCGCUGAGCUGACGCACCUACCUACCUGUACUAUCUCUUUGAGGGAUCUGCCCCGGGCUUCUGCCGCCUUGCUUGCUAUGUCCUGCACACCUGCGAAGGCAUUGGGCGUCUCCAUGAACCGCAGCAACGGCGCCCUCAGUGGCUCGACAGCGUCCAGACGGACGUCAUGGCCGUAGAGCACCAGCCGGCUGGAAUCGCUGACCGAUAGCAUGGACGACACACACACGAACGAAUCAGCAUGAGGUGGUAGUGGUCUGUCUGGCCGUUGCUUGGGGGGUUUCUCCUCACUCACCUGAGGCAUCGUCUGUCAAACUUAUCUAGCAGGGCCUGCUUGGACCCAAUGCCGCUCACACACAGGGAGAAACCGGCGACAAGAGCCUCCUUCCAACGGCCGAAGUCAAGACAUGCUCGGCUGAAUAUCUGCAGCCAGUCAACGGUCACACACACACACACAGGGGAAACAGCCAGGCCCUCACACACAAGGGAAACAGCCCUCCACGGGACCCGCCAUUUUGCACACACCCAUGGCCUCGUCCUGACCUGCUGUUUGUCCGGCUCUUGUUCGACCGGCAUGGCCAGAAGCCGCUCCGCAACCCACUGCGGACUGUACUCCUCGGCGCCACUCUCCCCUGCCCCACGACGACCACCACGACCAUCACCAUCACCAGCAGCGGCAGCGGCAGCAGGACCAGUCGACCCUCCACGCGUAACGCGUCCGCCACCUGCACCCCUGGUGUGCCGCGCCGCCUUGCUGCCGCUCUUGCGAGGCUGGUCGGGUAUCGUCUUGCCUGUCCUGACGGUGGGGAGCUUCUUCUUGGCGGCCGGGAAGGGGUGGUAGGGUGGCGCGGGAUGAGAGGCUGCUGCUGCUGCUGCUGGCACUUGCGAUGGCGAUAGGACGUCGGCACUGGCCUGACCCUGGACACACAUAAGGAUGCAUGAUGCGCGUCAAGUGUUUGUUUGUCGUGUGGUGGAUUGUGUGUGGGUAUGGCGCUGACCUUGGUUUGAGAGACAAAGAGAGGCGGCUCCUCCUCGGCUGCUGCAGGCACCUGAUCGUCCCUGAUGGCCACCUCCUCGCCGCCCUCCAUGUCUACAUCCAUCAUGUCCGAUUGCCGCUCCCGGCCCUCACCCUGCCCGCCUUGUGGAUGCACCACCACUGGCUGAUCCACGCCACUGUCCUCACCUCCCAUCCCCUCGCUGCUCGUCGCCUGGCCGUCCUCUCUGGCCAUGCCCCUCUUGCCCUUCCUCCCUCUCGGCUGCAGUGGCUUGCUGUCGGGGCUGUCGGCAGCGGGUGGUGGGUGCUCCUCCUCGGUCUGGUGUCUGCUGCGGCCGGAUCGACGGGCGGAGCGUGGCCCUUUGGUCGACCAAUAGCCGCCGUCGAGGCCGUCGACUCUGGCCCCCGACGACGGGAGGUUUUCUGCAGGCGGGGGGCUGGCAGGCACAACUGCCUUUGGGGCAUCCGCGGGUGCCGCUGCUGCUGCUGCUGCUGCUGCAGGGGGGAGAAGGGGAGGGAUGGAUGGGCCAGGAGGGGGAGGGAGAGAGGGCGGCUGUGGCUGUGGCUGUGGCUGUGACUGUGGCUGUGAGUGGGUGUAUUUCUUGGCCUUCUUUCGGGUGCGAGAGGGGCCGCUGGUGAGCUUGCGGCUCUUGGGCUGGUGGAGAAGCGCGGCGAACUGGUCCUUGCUGGCUGCGUGUGUCGGACAGAGGAAGCCCCUGACCACCUGACCCGGCGUCUUUUCAUAGUAGAACUGAGCAGAGAGAGAAAAGGGCAGAAGGGCAACCACCAGAAUGAAUGAACGACAGCCACAUCACAUCCACACACUCUCACUCACCCACUCACUUACCAGCAACACAUCCCCCGCAUCUCUGAGGCAUGACGCGUGGUAGGCCACCCGGCAGUGUGGCCAGCUGCACUGGAUUGGCGCGCCGACCCCCUUGCAGCCGCAGGUGUGGCAGGUCUGCUUCCACCGAGAGGCCGGCACCUUGGCCACAUCCACCACCACAUGGCCCUGCUCCCCAUCGCGACGCAGCCAAGUCUCGGGCACCCACAAGGCGCACCGGUGAUGUGCCCACCGCCCGUCAUCCGUCGGCACCAGCGGAGGGUGCCCCUCGCGCCAACAGAGGACACACUUCAUGGGCUCCUCUGGGGCGGUGGGUGAACAGCUGGCCUGCGCCUCUCUGUCUCGUCGAUGGCUGCACGCGCGGCAGAUCCAUGGGGGGCCGUCUUCUGUCGGCUUGGUGGUGAAUCCAUAGCACUCGUCGUGUACCCGUGUGCCGCACCCGCCGUCGCAGAAGAUGAUGUUCUCUCCCUCAGAGCACUCGUAGCUGUCGCAUAUGUCGCACGGCACGAGGUCGUCGUCGAUGACGCGACCACUCGAGUCCGUGUUGGCCUCUGCAAGCUUCUUGGGGCAGUAGAAACAGAUGUCGAGGGGCAGCUGGCCGGACAGCGAUGGCGAUGGCGAUGGCGACGGUGCUCGGGGCCUCUUCUUGGCCUUGGGCUUGGGCUUGACGAGGUCGACGGCAGCCGCAGCAGCGGCAGCGGCAGCAACAGCGGUGGGCCGCCGCUCGCGCACCGUCCUCUCGCGGAUGUAUGGCCAUUUCGGGAUCACCCUGCUGGGCCUGCCCCCCUUCCUCUCACCCUUGGCGGCCCUCCCUCCCCGGGGCAGAAGCCACAUCGGCUCCGGCGGCUGCAUUUUCUCAUUCUGCAUCCUCUUCGCCUGCCUUUGGGGCGAGAUGCGCCGGCUGACCCUCCUGAUGUUGCGAACCAGGAAGGGCAGCAAGCGCCCUGGAAACUGACGGCGACUGAGGCAGGGCGCCAGCCGUGUAGCUGCGGGUGUGGGAGACUUGUGGGCGGGCCUGGUGCGCCGAGGGGGCCGAGGGGGUGGUGGUGGGGGGGCUGCCGGCGGAGAGGGAGAGGGCGAGGGAGCGUGUCGCUCGCCGAGAGGUGGCAGGGGUGGCGCGGUUGCACGUGGCUGCUGAGCCGGCCGACCGCUGGCAGGAGCUCCUGGCAAGUUGAAGGGCACAGGAGACAGGCCACCCUGAAACAUACACACACAAAGACAAACGAGAGAGAGAGAGAAGGUCACCCAGUAGCCUGUCUCAGCGUCACCUCCUCUCUGCAUUCAUUUCAUUCCCCUCUCAUUGUCCACGUACCCGAAGCGAGCUGCGCCCUGACCGCGAUGCGUCUCUCCGGCCGGCCUUCUUGCGCACCACGGCCCCACCACCACCACCACCACCAAAGUCGCCCUCUUCCUCGACAAUCUCAAGCUCAUCAUCAUUAUCGUCAUGGGCCGUGAUGCCGUGAUGUCGCUGAUGUCGCUUCGGCGAGGUAGGCAUGCGUGGCGUGGGGCGUUUGAAGGGGGUAGGUGGCGACAUGAGACGCUGCUGCUGCUGCUGCUGGGUGCCCACUCGGGGCGGUGGGCUGCGGUUGACAAAGGGCGUGGUGGGAAUGAGAGGCUGAUCGGGGAGAGGCGAGAAUAGAACAAGCCCGCCUGUCUGUCUGUCUGUCUGUCUGUGUGAGUGUGUACCUGUCUCUUGACAGGCGAGCCCGACGGAGAUCCUGCCGAUCCCCGUGGGCGGCGAGACGAAACAUCUCCGCAACGCUGCAAGCAUGCAGGCAAUGCAGAUGAAGCAACACUCAGUUGCUCGUAUGUAUAAUGCGGGAGUGCUGCUUGUAAAAUACGGCACGCUCCGUCUGCUCUGCUCAGCCCACCUUACUUACCUCUCUGCCCUGCGCGACGCCGAUAUCGACACGCCUGACACAAUGCUCCGGCCCCCGCUGCUGCACCCUCACUGCCCCCAACAACUGCUGCAGGCUCCAAAGGGUCCCAUGAAAGCGGAGCCGCACCAGGUGCGGGUCGACCUCGACCUGCCCCUCAAGGCCCCCAUGCCGCUCCUGCCGGUCCACCACGUGCCCCGCAUACGACUGGAACAGCUCGAGCAUCGCGAUGCUCUCCCGCAGGUCCGACGGCAUCAGCCGAUGCACGAACGAGAUGGCCUCCAGCCGUCUCAUUCCCCCCUGCGUCACUUCCAGCGUGUCCAGAAGCUGCACAGUGGGUGGGCCGCUGCGGGGAACUUCGCCAGCCGGGCGAUGAUAGCGCAUCAUCUCAGCGGCCAGGGGGAGAGCGCCUGCGGGUGUGAAGCGGUCGGAGUCGUCCGGUCGCAAGAUGAGGGUCUUCAUGAUCUCGUAGAGCGUGUACAUCAGCAUCUGUGCGAGGGCUGAGGGGCUCUUGCCCUCGCACAGCUUGGCGGCCUCAUCGUUGAUCUCGGCCUCCCUGUUCCUCUGGGCAGACUGCGCUUGCGAGACCGGCCGUCCUCCGCCCUCCUGCUUGUACAGAACAGACCGCCUGGCCACGUUAUCCUUGAGAUGACCCCACGCCCUGUGCUGCUGCCGGCUGGCCUGGGAGCCUGGGGCCGCUUCAGGGCGCGCGGCAGUCUCCAAUAGACCCAGGUAGACACGAACCCUCCUCAAGUGCUCGACAUGCGGCCACUGCUGCCUCUGCCCAGCUGUAGGGGGCUGUCCUGAUGCUGAUGCCGAUGCAGCAGCAGCAGGAGCAGCAGCAGCAGCAGCAGCAGCUGAGGUCUGUGGCUGUCUGUUGGCCAUGGGGGAGGGGGAGAGGGCCGGGAUGGAUGGGCGAGCCGGGCGAGAGGGUGUUGCGGGAGGGUGUCCGCUCUGGGUGGGGGGAGGGAGUGAGGGUCUUGUGUUGGGUGUGGGUGUGUGGGGGCCGAGCUCUCGAUCGAGGAGCUCGCGCACUCUCUGGGUGAGCUUGCCAAGGUCCUGCAGUCGCUCAUCGAGCUGGUCCAGGUUCAUGACGCGACGGGUGCGAUCGUCCAGCAUGCGAUCGAUAGCCGUCCCAGAUGGAACCGACCCAUCUAACGACACACAGGCACACACACAUAGACACACACGGCCAGAUGCACCCACUCCUUCCUUCUGUGCACAUGUUAUGUUGCUCUGCUCGUCUCUCUCACCGUACCGUCAGGGUAGCACUUGCGAUGGAUCUGCUGCAGGAGUUCCCAUUCCUUGGCCUUCCACCUAUGCCAGAAGAGCUCCAACUCCAGGAACACCAGCAUGCCCAGCCCCUCCCUCUCCCGCUGCAUCCGAAACCGAGCCAUGUGCCGCGGCAUGCUCCUCCGCAGACACGCCCGAUCAUCAUCCCUUCGCCCGACCAGCGCAAGGCGCGUCCUCGCGUGGGGCUUGUCCUUCGUCUGCUCGAUCACAUAGUCCGCCUGCACUUCGGUGAGGGUGUGUCGGGCGUAUAGGGGCGCCAGGGCCACCUCGCCCUUGACGAUCCGCUCCCUCUUGUGGUCAUUGGGGCAGUCGGUGAGCGACGCACAGGGAUGGAAGGUGACGUAGGUGGCCAGCAGGUGCCACAGGGUGCGACAGAGGUCGGUGAGGGUGGUGGUGUCGGCGAUGGCCUGGAGGUGGCUCGGCGGCAGGGUGAAGGGCAGCAUGGAGGGGUCGGUAGCGAUCGCCGGGAUGACGAAACGGUCCAUAAAUAUCGACAUCCUCUCCAUAUUGAGCACCUUGGGCUGAAGGGCCAUAACCGCGGGCAGAAGCAUGCCGAGAGACCUGUUGCAGCUGCCCAGCACCAGCACCACAGACACCCCCUCCUGCCGCAGGCCCUGACAGACGGCAGACAGCCCGCCGAUGCCCUGCGAUGGCUCCGUCACGCCCGCCCGGCUGUCUGCGUCGGGCACAAUGAUGCCCACGAUGUGCCUCUUGCCAUCCCCCAGACCCCGGCUCCCCCGAACAGCCGUCGUGACAUCCUGCUGCCAAUCCAGCCAGUCGGUGAGGAAGGGCGGCGUCACAAUAGGAGAGCCGGCAGGCAGCCCCUCCUCGAGCAGCCCGCUAAGGGCAAUCUGCCGGUCCGCCAUCGACCUAUCUUCGUCGCUAAAGAUGGCCACGGCCGCAACGAUGCCGGGGUGGUCCGACGCUGCAUGCGGCAGUAGCUGUUGCUGAAACUGCUCCUCUGUCAGCCGCUUGCCCUGGAUCUCGGUCGUGCUGAAGACCAUGCUUUGGAUGCGCCGCAUCACCCGACGCCACGUGUUCUUCUGCAGCUGGAGGAGGGCUGACUCAUCUGCCCGCUGGCUCGCUAUCGAGGCCGUGCACUUGAGAGGAUAGAUGGUCCCUGCAUUGACGCUCUCAACUGCCGACGCUGGACCAGGCGACGUAGGUACUCGAACGGCAAAGCCUGGCUCCAUCAGACCAACCGUCCUACAACCCACAGAGAAUGCCUG